AUGCUGCCGACGUUGGGCAUGCCGUAUUUCCUUGAAGACAAGUCUGGCACACUCCUCGGGUCGGAAUUCGUCGACGUCAACGACCGGAUGCGCCUCGGCUUUCGAUGCACACUUCGCGACGUACACCGCACCGCAUACAUGAUUUACGACCUCACCAUGCCCAGUCAAGGGGCGUACUCUUUCCCCGUUGCCACGCUGGAUUAUGGCGCGAACAAUGCGCUUGGCACUGUCAUAUUCUCUGGACGUGGCAGUAUGCCCAUGAGCCAGUACCUUUCGAAAAUGUCACCUUUCGGGAGUUCGAAAAACAGGAAGUUCAUUGCUUCCGACGGACAGGAAUACAGGUGGAGCUGGCGUGGUAGAGAGAAUUUCGAGUGGAUGUGCCUCAACGCGAGUGGAUACCUCGUAGCCUACUACAACCUGAAGCUUGCUGGAGAGCCACCUUAUCCUGGCUCUUCCGGUUGUAUGCUUACGGUCGAUGAGUCAUAUCCUCAUCUCGCAGUCGAGCUCCUCACCUCGUUGCUCAUCAUGAGACACAUUGCGGAGCAUAACCUUUGA